AGAAAAAGGACCAUUCUCUUUCUAUUUAAAAUUUCAAAACCACAAAUGGCCGGUUUAAGAAGUAAGCGACUCGUUUUUCUGGAUAAACAACAAUUGCGAAGCUCGUUUAUAUGAGAUUAUUGCGAACUGCACUAUCUUUCUUUUAAGCAUAAAAGAGAUAAACCUGGGAUUAAUGUCGUAAUCUGUCUUUUACAUGCUUUUUCUUACAGCGAUCAUUGCCUUGGCAUUUGUCUUGGCUAUCGGCUUUUUGCUUGUGAUAUUAUCCUGUGCUUUAUACUACAAUUGGUGGCCACUACUCGUAGUUGCGACCUACGUGCUUGCACCUUUACCAAACGCGCUAUGCAGCCGGUGUGCUGGUCAAGACGAUCUGAUGUCCGAAUAUAACAGUGGCGUUAUCGACGCUGGGCAUUUUAUUACCGGAAUGUUUAUAGUGACUGGAUUCUGUCUUCCGUUCGUGCUUGCACAUGCCGAAGUGAUCACGAUUCCAGCCAUGGUGAUGAGUAUUUGUGGAGGUAUCCUUGUAUACGGCACAAGUAAGUUUUUUUCGUAUAAAGAGCCUUAUGUGUCUAGAGAAGGAAGUGGUGCACUAAGUCUACAUGUGCAACCCUCUAUUUUGUCUAUAACAGUCAUCACAUACACCCACUUCUUUGCCGAUCAAAGCGACGACUAUUAAGAUAUCCAAUCGAUUUUUUGUACAUAAAAGCUACUGUGUGCACCUCUCUCCUUCUUUUCUUGGCCGCACUUUUUCUUCACUAAAUAGGUUACAAGUUAAGAGAAACGAUUC